AUGCUGUUAGGCUUUGUCAUCUUUUAUACCGUUCUCGCCUGGCUUACCUUCUUCGUACGCUGCAAGCAUUUCUCUGGCUUCUGGGAUCCUAACAAACUCAGCUUAGGCUAUGUUGCGGUGGUCAUGGGUAUUGUCAAAACGGUAUAUCAACUCACCAUCGUCAAAGACAACGACUCGCAUUUCAACAACAAUGUACGAUUCUGGGGCUUUGUUCAGCUCAAUGUUGGAAUCAUCGCCGCCUCAAUACCCACGCUAAAGCCACUUUUGCGAAAGAUCAGCAAGUCCACGAACAGCAACCAGUACAAUCAAUUCCAUGACGGCGACAAAGCCAGGACCAUUGGCAGCGCACCACCUUCCAGACCUCGCAAAUCGAUCUUGACCACGCUGAGCGGUACACGAACGGACAAAAACGCUGAUACCGAGGCAUAUGAGAUGUGGAGGGCGACUGCAGGAUCGGCACAAGGCGGGAAGAAUGAGAUCUAUGCUGUCAGCGAGGAGCGCGCAGGAAGUGAGGACUACAUUCUUGGAGGACAUCCACACGAUUCGAAGCAGAUCAAAUGCACAACAGAGGUGACUAUCAACAAUGAGGGAACCAAUUCCAGGGUCUGA